CUCAACUGCGACACGCCGGAAGAUAAAGCUUCCUCUUCCGGUGAGCGCUGAGAAGCAGGCCGGGAAUGACACGGAGCCAAAGCGAACAUAGUUUUGUCUAUAGAUUGCGGCCAGACGUAAAGAAGGCUGAUUGUGUAGACCAUUGAAAUCCGACUGCUGUGAGACACCAGCUGUGUGAAGUUCUUCAGAUUAGUUGUACUGCCUGUUCCUGGGUGGCAGUGUUCAAGAAAUGGACCAAAACAACAGUUUACCACCCUUCCAAGGGCUGCCUUCUCCUCAGGGUGCCAUGACCCCAGGCAUAACAAUGUUCAGUCCCAUGAUAUCAUAUGGAUCAGGCUUGACACCCCAGCCUGUACAGAACACAAACAGUUUGUCUAUACUCGAGGAGCAGCAGAGGCAACAACAGCAGCAACAGCAAGCACAACAGCCCAGUGCAGGGCUUCCGGGAACGUCAGGGCAGACUCCGCAACUAUAUCAUUCCCAGACAGGACCAGUGUCGACUACCACUGGUCUGCCAGGAAGCACCGGGCUCUACAGCACUUCGAUCGGCCCCAUGACCCCCCACACCCCGGCCACACCUGCUUCGGAGAGCUCAGGCAUCGUUCCAACGCUACAAAACAUAGUAUCCACUGUAAAUCUGGGCUGUAAACUGGAUCUGAAGACUAUUGCCCUGAGAGCCAGGAAUGCGGAGUACAACCCCAAGCGUUUUGCUGCCGUCAUCAUGAGAAUAAGAGAGCCCAGGACCACUGCACUUAUCUUCAGCUCCGGGAAGAUGGUUUGCACCGGAGCAAAGAGUGAGGAUGAGUCGAGGUUAGCAGCUAGAAAGUAUGCCCGUGUCGUGCAGAAGCUGGGUUUUCCAGCCAAGUUCUUGGACUUCAAGAUUCAGAAUAUGGUGGGCAGUUGUGAUGUGAAGUUCCCCAUUCGACUGGAGGGAUUGGUCCUCACACAUCAGCAGUUCAGCAGCUAUGAGCCAGAGCUGUUUCCAGGACUGAUUUAUAGAAUGAUCAAACCCAGGAUUGUCCUGCUAAUCUUUGUUUCUGGGAAGGUAGUACUCACAGGGGCCAAGGUGAGAGCAGAGAUCUACGAAGCAUUUGAAAACAUCUACCCCAUCCUGAAAGGUUUUCGGAAGACUACGUAGAACCUGGAGGUUUUUUUUAUUUAUUUUUUUUUAAUCUUCUAAAUCUUCUCCCCAACUUUCUCUUUUUCAUUUUUAACGUGCAUCAAAUUGACACAUUGAGGUUGAACUCCUUACAGGGACUGUGGGAUGUUGCACACUAAGAUCUUGUCUGAUUUUACCAUUUGUACCCCUGUGAACUUUUAAACAAGAUUUCCAGUGUACUCAGUCAGGCUUUGCUGUACCAUCACGUCCCUAAUUUGUAAAUAGGACUGUAAGAAAAUGUAAAAUAUUGUUUAUGAAAAGAAAAGCAGUCUGAGAAAGACUGUUCUUGAUUUAAUUUUAAACUGUUUUACCUACUUUUGUACACUGCAUUUUUAGCAUUUGUUUGCUCACUUUCAGACAUUUUUUACUGCCUUGUUUAAAUCUGCCAACUCUACGCUUGGAUCUCGCUAUUUGAGUCUUGUUUUCACUGUCUGAAGUGUUAAGACCAAGUCCAAUCAGAACUAAAGUGUGUUUCUUACACCUAAUGUUUAAGAGGUUCUGUUUGUAGUUGAAGUAAAGUGAUUAAAAAUCUGUCACCAAGUUGUUAGUUGGUUCAGUAGCUUCUGGUCCUCUUCAGGUUCAAAUACUGGAUAGAGUCAGGCUAAAACAAGUUUUCUGUUGAAAAAGAGCGCAUGUUUUAUUUACAUAAAGGAGAGUUUUAAUGGUUAAACUGGAGAUGAACAUAUUUUUUUAGGUUUUAAUUGUGGGAAAGUGAGUGAAAACCGAAGGCAGAUGCAGCAAAUUCCUGUUUGAACGAGUAAUAAUAACAGAAAUUGGUACAAAAUUUAAAUGUGAAGGAAAAACACUGCUUGAAUAAGUUCACGCCUACCACUAAAAAACAAUAUGCUGGCAGAAUAUGUAAUGUUUUUAGUAUAUAAAUAUCUAUUUUUGGCCAUGUGAGUUUAUUUUGAAUAAUUCUUUGUGUUAAAAGACAUUUAAGUUAGUUUAGCUUUUUGGGCACUGCUUGAUGUUUGUGUUGUGAGCACAGAGUUUAAUUACAGCAACGUUUUUCUGUCGACCAGCUCAGUGUUUACUUCAUAGUUUGAAUCACGUCUGUGUCUCUGCCAUCAGAUGUCUGUAUUUUACUAUGGUUUUAUAGAAUAGAUCACAAAGUGUUUUUCCAUCCAAUGCUUCAUCUGAAGUCGCUAAUGUUCUGCCUGCUGCAAUAAUAAAUCUGUACAUACUGACUCCA